AUUUUGAUUUUUCACGGUGGUGUAUUUCAAUAUCGUCAUGGAGAAAACUAAAGGAAAUGAACGUACUGCUGUAAUACUGAAUGUACAAGAAAGGUUUUGAUUGCAGAAUGUUUUCGGGAUGUGCACACACACCAUAGGCCUCUACCUAGGCCUAGAUAAUUAAAGAAGGGUAAAGUUCUGUACUGUAGCCUACCUAGGAUGGAUCUUAAGUAUGUAGGUGCUGUAGCAGUAGGUAUGGCUACUGGUGCUUCUAUUGUUUUGGCUUUAUCACACUGGAAGAAACAUCGCAGUCAACGGCUAGAAAAUGACAUAGAAUUUAACAGAACGACAGUUGUUAGGGAAAACAUCAACACCAGUACCCUGAAUGACAGCUUUCGAGGCCUGAAUGCCAGCCAAGUCGGUGACUCACUUCUUGCUACUCCAGCACGCUCCUUUGGGCCUACAGACACCAUGAUGAGUACGCAGCACACGUUGCUUGCCACUCCGUCCAGAGAAGUUCAGCCGGAAGAUGUAUCCAGUCCGCAAAAUGGAGGCUAUGUUCAUCAGGAAAACCAAAGUUUACUGAAUCUCUUGUUUAAUAUUGCAGAAGAUAAAGCUAGGAAAGAGGGCGUUGUUCAUCGUGGUAUCACCUGCAAUACAUGUAACUGCAGUCCUGUUUGUGGCAUCAGAUAUAAGUGUUCAAACUGUGUUGACUACGAUGUCUGUGAUAGAUGCGAGCCACAAGAUAUCCACAACAAAACCCACACAUUUAUGAAAAUCAAGAUACCUAUUCCACCUUUAGCUAAUCCUCGGAACAUCCUUAUGAAACCAUUCUACACAGGUAAAGUUUACAAUAUACGAAAAUUAGCCUGGGAUGAAUUGAGUAAAUUAAAGAGUGAAACUUUCUUUGACCAGUUUGAGGUUGAAGCAUUGUACUACCAGUACUUGGCAAUAUGUACCAAAGAGCAGGGAAUCACUCGUGAGGUGUAUGACCAGUGUUUAGGCUCACUAGGUAUUGAGAAGAACUUGCUUAUGGACAGACUAUUCAAGUUCUAUGAUGCUGAUGGUGAUGGUUAUAUUAACUUUUCUGAGUUUGUCCACGGACUGUCUAUACUUGUGAAAGGAAAUAUGGAAGACAAAGUUGAAUAUGUUUUUGAAGGGUAUGAUUUAGAUAGUAUGGGUACCAUCAGCCGGGACAACCUGCGCAAGAUGUUCAAAGCUUAUUUCUACAUUACAAUUGAACUAGUAAGAGAUGUGGUGAAGGCUUGUGAGGAAGAAAUGAUGUUGAAUUUUGAUGACAAUCUCGGGCGACCUGUCUCAUCUAUGUUCAGUGCACCGAUUCCAAGCAGCUCUGAUAUCGCCCCCAACUACAAUUCAAAGAUUCCCCUUCCUAGUAAUCCUGGUACCAGGGAAGAUAUGUGGCCUGUAAUGGAGGCUAUGUCACAGGAUGCAAUAGAAGAGAUGGUUGAGAAUGUGUUCAAGUUAGCUAAGCUGGAUCACAAUGGCAGAAUAAAUCUUGAAGAAUUCAAGAGACUUGCCUGCAUUGACAGCAGUUUAGUUGCUUGGUUUGAUGCCUUAGGGACAGUUUUUUGAAUGAAUAUAAAGUAAGUGGACUGGACAGUUACGACAAGAUGGUAAUGUUAUAUCAUGCAAAUAUUGCAUUAUUAUGUGCACUUAAUGCAGCUGAUUUGUAUUUAUUCAUGUGCAUGGAUUAUGUGGACAGUUGCAGGGUUCGGACCAAUGAUGGAAAUGCUAGCCGAGUAAAACAGUAUGUGAGCUAAAAUAUUGUCACAUAUAUUGUUAAUACUUUUUUACAAUGCCUGAAGUACUCUGAUA